GCCGCGGCCGCCGGACGCGCACCAUGGCUCUCGGUCCGCUGCGUCCGCUACCGCGGCUCCUCGUGCUGGGGCUCGGGCUGGCGCUACUAGGCGCGGCGGGAGGGGAGCGAGUGCCAGGCACCACCCCCUGCUCUCGCGGCAGCUCCUGGAGCGCGGACCUCGACAAGUGCAUGGACUGCGCGUCUUGCCCGGCGCGACCACACAGCGACUUCUGCCUGGGCUGCGCUGCAGCCCCUCCUGCCUCCUUCCCCCUGCUGUGGCCCAUCUUGGGGGGUGCUCUGAGCCUAGCCCUCGUGCUGGGACUGCUUUCUGGCUUCUUGGUCUGGAGACGGUGCCGCAGGAGAGAGAAGUUUACUACCCCCAUUGAGGAGACCGGCGGGGAGGGCUGUCCUGGUGUGGCACUGAUCCAGUGACAGAGAGAGCCCCUGCCAGCAGGAGGCCCCACCCACUCAUCAUUCAUUCAUUCAUUCAUUUUGGAGCCAGCCCCCUCACUCCAGAUACAGUCAGAGCCAGACUCUUCCAACCACAGGGGUGUGGAGGGAUGGGGGACUGGUGAAUCAGCUCUCCGAGGCCUGGGCCUAGGCUUCAGAGGAGCCUUCCAAGGUGUCUGACUGCCCUGUCUCUGGCUCCAGGACAGGAAAGGAGCCCCACGCUGGCUCACACCAGACAGCUGACACCAAGGAACCGCAGCAUUUGCACAAAGGGUCCCUCCCUCCGCCCCCAUGGCCCAAGGGCCAGAGGGCCAGACAUCAGGCCCCACCCACUCGGACGUUCUGAAAUUCCACCGUGGGGUCUCUGCCUGGGGAGUUAGGGACCUGUUGCUAACACUAGGGGGCUGGCCCUCUAGGGGGGCUGGCCCUAAGACACUGUCCCCCCCCACCCCCAAAGGGGGGGGAAAUAUUUAUUUUGGGGAGAGAGUUUGGAAGGGAGGGAAAAUUUAUUAAUAAAAGAAUCUUUAACUUUAAAUGGUUUGGAGAGUGGCAUGAUCCCCAGCCCGACUUCCCAGAGCUAGAGGGAGGAGUGAGUCAGCCGCGGGGGCGGGGGGGUGAGGCUCUGACUCACACAUUCUCAAUGCCUGAGCCCAGCCUGCCAGGACCUGGCCGGGUCCUGACCGUUUUUUCCAGGGAAGAUUUUGAGAAACCCCAAGCAUCCAGUGUCCCAGCCUUCCCACCUUCCUUCCCAAAAGGUCCCAGGGUUCCAGACGGAAGCCUUCAUUUGCUCAGCAAUCUUUAUUCAGUUCUAGGGGAAAUGCUUCCCUUCCUUCCCAUGCUCCU